AUGGUACGGACGGUAAGUGAUGAUUCGCAUAUCAGUAGUUAUGUGAAGUGUCAAUUUUUUCUUUGUUCGAGUAUAUGUAUAUGUAUAUAUCGUGCAGACGUAGCGUAUUAUGUGUUGAUAUGUUGUAUUUGGAUAAAUCAGGCAGGUGUUACGGCCUCCAUGUGUUUGUUUUAUAAUAUGUUUUUGUUAAUAUUGAUCGUAAGGGAAUAUGGCGAUACGAUGUUACUUUCGUGUUGCUGUGUUAUUAUACUGAGGGUUACUGUGUCAAUCCCUUCAUCACCUGUAUAUGAAUAA